CGCUGCUCUAAUCCCGGGGCUUGAGUAGGGUUGUAUUUUUCGAUCAUAGUGUCGAGUUUUAACCUACCAGCCGAGGUAUACCUUCCCGGAUAGUGUGUGCCGGCUCGAGCAAACAGGCAUCGCGAGUCUCUUCUUUGGAUAAAGGUACAUUGGGUUCUUGUCACACAUCGGGCACCCCGUCAGCAUCUCGGGCAGUAGGACCAAGACCACCCUCUCUACCAAGACGCCUUUCCCGAUCUGGUAGCAGCCAUUUCAUAAACGGUAUUCGCUCUUUUUUUCCCCACCUAAUUUUUUCCGUAAUCUUCGGAUAAGAGACCCCGGGUCGUCGCGAUGAGUCGGACGCUGCACUACAACCUCGCGGACAUGGGUAUACCGAAAACUUCGAACCUCCCUACUAUAGCAGCCACAGCUACAUUCGUGAACCAGUAUGGUUAUGGAGGCCUUUCCGAUGAUAGUGUACUAGUUGAGUUUGUGAUAUUAGCUGCCAUUUACUGACAACCGCUUUUUAUCCCCGGAAUUUAGGCCUUACUUCUGAACAGGACGAGUAUCUAUGCCUCGCUACGGAGACCGCUUACGUUAACCACCAGGACCAGGUUCUUCAUGCGCCUUACGCCCAUCGUUCUUUGCCUGUUCCACAUCUACAGUAUCUCUCUCGCGCUCAGGUGCCAAACGAGCGAGGUCUACCUCAGCGAUGGAUCGCCGAGGCCUGCGGGCGGGUUUCUGUGGCAGGUCGCGAGAGUUGGGAACUGGUGGAUGGAUGACUUGCAGGUGUGUGAGGCCGUGGGGAUGAUUCCGGAUGAGGCUUGGGCGGAACAACCUAUCAAGGGGAGUCUGGCGCUUCUGUGGCCGUUCUACAAAACCGUUUGUUUUAGCCAGUUUGUUGAGAGCUUUAUCUGCGCCGUUACGGCGCGCAAUCCUGCUGCGGAGACUGGUAUGACGCUUAUGGAGCAUUCCCUCGCCUUCGCCGAAGCCGAGUUUCUAGCCGUGCCUAAGGUUUUCGAAAUACAAUCGGCCCCCCCGGACGGCGAGACGACUGUCGCAGAUAAUCGUAGGGUCCUCGUUCAUACGGAGAAGAACGUCCCCCCAGAAGUUCUCUAUAUCUCGCUCAUCUCCGCCCUCGGCCACCUCACAAGCCACAUUCUGGGCGUUUUCAACCGGCAGGCAAAACACCGGCUGCUCAGCACAGGCAUUUGGGGUGUUGCGUUUUUGAGCGGCUUUGCGUGGGCACUAAUUUUUAGAUCUGAAUCCGGUGCCGUACUAAAUUUCCCCACUGUAUGCGUGGUUGGGUUCAUUCCUCACCUGGUUAUCUUCACCGGGAUAUUUGUUUGUGGGGCCAUUUACGCACUCGCUUUAGUACUUACAUCGUUGCUUCCUCCACCCAGCGUUAGCGAAAGGCCGAGCUUCCGUGCUGGGCUUGAUAAUUUGCAGGCGAAUUUGACGUUGGGGACGGUUACCAUUAAUAAUAGUGAUGACUUUUAUACCACCUUGUUGAAGUUGGGGUUCCAAUGUCUGACGGCAGCUAGUGAGGCUACUUAUUUGAAUGAGGGGCGGGUGGUUAGGCUUCCAGCGUGGACUUGGCUGGAGGACCAGAGGACUAAGGUUCUGGAUUCCCAGAGGAAGUUAGGUAUAGGUGGUGGAGGUGCAGCCCCAGGAUUAGUCGGGACCGGUGUCGGUAAGGGCCCAUAUUCUCAGGAGCGCAAGGACGUGAAGGGAGUUAUGGCACCCAAGAAGGGCAGAAGCGGCACCGGAAGCAGCAGAUGGGCUGGCGCUGGGGAAAUGAUGCGAGGGGUAUCAGUCCUUCUCGUCAGUCUAACCUCCCGCUGGGUACCAACUCUAUUCCGCACCCGUGAAAGAGACCCACCCGACACUCCGGAAUCGGUUGACGCAAAUCAAGGCCCAAUUUUGGAAGUCGAAGAGGAGGAUGCAAACUCAACAUCACUCUACACCCGCUUCAUCGGAAACAUCGAGGGACCCCUCUGGGCAGACUCAGACGCAAGUGGCGACUUCCAACCCGACGACUCCAUAGACGACGACGAUGAUGCCAGCACUGUAAGCUCCGCAGCAUCAGACACAGCCCCCCUAACAGAUUUCCCCUACGAUUCCGAUGACGAUGGCUUCCAACGCUCUGGCACGCGGACACCCACCCAAUCACACCCUUACCCCUUUCAUGACUCCUCAUCCUCCCCUUCCCCCCCCCGAUCCCCGUUUACGGAAAUAUUCUCAACAGCAGCAGAUCUCGCCACCCUCCUCGACCCACAAACCCCAGAAGACCGUGCUCAGGCGCAAGCCCUCGGCCGGCAUCUGAAGGCACCUAACAUCCUCACCCGGUCAACCUACCACUCUGCUAACGGCGCAUCCACCUCCUUGGAAUCCAUCAUUCUGCAGCAGCGCCGACAGUCGCCGGCCACCCCUGCUUCGAGCUAUAGCUCGUGCGUAGUCUGCCAAUCCGCCACCAGGACCAUCAUCGUUUGGCCGUGUAGGUGCCUUGCCCUGUGUGAGGAUUGCAGGGUUUGUCUCGCUCAUAACAAUUACAAGAGUUGUGUAUGCUGCCGGCAGGGGGUGGAGGGGUUUUCGAGGAUUUAUGUGCCAUAGUUUUUCGAGAGUAGGAGUUUCAUUACUCUUUUCUUUUACCAUACCUCACUUUUUAUCUUUUGAGAGCGCUUGGAUUUUUUUCACUUUUUUUCAGUUUAUUUACUCAUUUAUUCUAUUUGCUAAGGGCAUUACUGGGUAUUAGGUUUUCCUUUUCUCUUUUUUGCCUGGUCUCGUUUGGUCUGAUUUGAUUUGGUCCGGGUUGAUUUUGUGGGCAUUGCUGGCUGGCUGGUGGCGUGGCAUUCAUUCGGGUGGAUGAAUAGAGGUCGUCGUAUCGUACAGUUCCGUUAGGUUUCAUGGUAUUAUCAACUUUUCUUUUUCUUAGCCUUCAUCGCUUGUCCCUGUUAUGUCGUAUUGUUAUUGUAUGGGUGCUGGUUAAAAUUCUCGCCCGGGCGAGUGGGCGGAUUCGGGGGUAAACACGGUGAGCACUAUGAUGGGAAAAAGCUCCCGGGAGUUGUGUUCCGGGUUCCGGCAAUAGGUUUUGCGGAAAAUGAGCAAUUGCGGUUAG